AUGAUCCUCAGCUUUCAGUAUUUGCUGCGAAAGCUGAUUCUGCCGCUGCUUCUUCUUUCGACUCUCCUCUCAGGGACAGCAGUACGCGUGCGUGCCGUGGAGGUUGUGAAGUUGGGGUCAGACGCCUUUCUUGAUGUUUCGGAUUAUGGAAGUGGGGUUUUGCGUCUUUCACUGAAGCCAUUGACGAAGUCGUUUUACGAGGUUAAAGAUGUGGUGGUGCGGGAGCCAGAGGCGGGAAAUAUCGGUUCAACUUGCGAGGGAGUUAGCUGCACCAUUAACAGUGGGAAAUGUGUCAUGAAAACAAGUGUCACCGAGGAGGUUUUCCAUGCAAGUUAUGAGUGCCAUGGGUCGGUGUUGAGUUCCAUGGAAGUGCCUUUGAGUUUGUUUGAAGAACCUUCUGUGGCGUUCAAAUUCCCCUCCGCUCGGCGUCUCUACGGCAUUCCCGAACACGCAACGGAUUUGUCAUUACACGGGAAUGUAACAUAUGCCAUGUACAACAACGAUGCCUUUCAGUACGCCAUUAACGACCCACAGGCGCUGUAUGGAACCAUUCCUUUUAUUCUGGCUCAUUCAUCGAAAAUUUCUACGGGUGUACUUUUUCUUAACAGCGCAGGGAUGCGGGUGGAGGUGCAGGAAGGGGAAUUGAUUGGAUGCCAGUGGACUGUGGAGUGCGGGCUGGUGGAUGUGUUCUUCUUUCCCGGACCAACCCCUUCGAUGGUGCAGAAGCAACACGCUUCCAUCACAGGGAACACCAUGCUGCCACCCUACUUUAGUCUUGGGUAUCAUCAGUGCCGGUGGAACUAUCGAAGCACAAAUGAUUGUCUGAAUGUUGACCAAGGGUUUGAUCGACAUAAUCUCCCUUAUGAUUGCCUAUGGCUUGACAUUGAGCACACCGAUGGUAAGAAGUAUUUCACAUGGGACAAGCAUAACUUCCCCGAGCCAAAGUUGCUUGUUAACGCACUGGCGUCAAAAGGGCGGAAGCUUGUGACUAUCAAGGAUCCCCACGUGAAGCGAGAAAGUGGCUACUUUGUGCAUGAGGAGGCAUUGAAAGGCAAUCACUAUGUGAAGAAUGCCGAAGGAACGGAUGCUUAUGAGGGAAAGUGUUGGCCCGGAGCGAGUUCGUGGAUUGAUUUUUACAACAAACGAACAAGAGAUUGGUAUGCAACAUUUUUUCACCACGACCGCUACGAGGGUGGAACGCACGAUGUGCACUCAUGGGUAGAUAUGAAUGAGCCAUCCGUAUUUGAAUUAAAGGACAAGACAAUUCACCGCGAUGCCAAACACACCAGUGAUACCGGCGACUUGUUGGACAACAAAUACCUGCAUAACAUGUAUUCCCUGUAUAGUCUGAUGAGUGUGUAUCAAGGGCAUAUUGAGUCAAGCAAGGGCCUGGAUCAUGUUAAACGACCUUUUAUUCUUACACGAAGUUUCUUCUCUGGAGCCCAACGUUACGCAGCGAUGUGGACUGGCGAUAAUAUGGCAAAAUGGGACCAUCUUCAAAACUCCAUUCCAGAGAUGUUAUCCCUUUCUGUGUCAAACUAUGUUUUUUGCGGUGCUGACAUUGGGGGUUUUUUCUUUGAGCCCGAUGAGGAACUUUUCGUUCGAUGGUUUCAGGCCGGCGUAUUUUAUCCAUUCAUGCGGGCACAUGCUCAUUUGGAAACUAAACGUCGUGAACCAUGGAUGUUUGGUGACAUUGCAACCGACCGAAUUCGUACUGCGUUGGCGCUUCGUUAUUCCCUUUUGCCGUACCUGUACACACAGUUUUUUGUUAGUCACAAGACCGGUUCUACUAUUUUGCGUCCUCUUUUUUACGAGUUUCCUCAUGAUGAAAAGUUAUAUGAUGAACAGUACACCUUUAUGUUUGGUCCCUCGCUGCUGGCUUCCCCAGUGCUGCAUCAAGGAGCAACGGAAAAGAAUGUGACAGUUCCUUCCGGUAGUAUCUGGUACUCGUACGCCACAGGUGAGGUGGUGCAUCCUGGCGUUUUUCACAUGAAUGUGGAUAUGGACUCGAUACCAUUGUUUAUUCGCGGUGGUCAUAUCGUUCCUGCAAAGUUGCGUAUGCGGCGCAACACGUUCAGUGCCCGGCAUGAUCCUUUUACCCUCUAUGUUGCUUUGAAUGAACAUGGCAAUAGCGACGGGGAACUUUUUGUGGAUGACGGUGAGUCUUUUAAUUAUGAAUUGGGAGCGUACGUUCGUCGGCAGUUUUCCUUUACAGAAAACCGACUGAGCUGCACGGCUCACCCUGAAACGAUGUCACAUACUUCUUCUCUGCCUGGUGUACGCAACACUGUGGAACGUAUCGUUAUUUUCGGUUACAGUGGACGGCUUAAGCGUGUGAUUCUUCAAGAGGCGGGGGCAGCGAUUGGUGUCGGUCGAGAGGUGGACUAUGAAAUCCAGGGCGCGACAUUGGUGCUGCGCAAGCCGGAUGUGCUGAUCCGUGAUGAUUGGACGAUUAUUUUGGAAAUAUGA